CUGACCCUCCUAGGUCCUGACUCCCUGAGAGUUUCGUCCGUCGCGUCGUCGUAAGUUCGUGAUCUAGUUCCUGGUUCCAGUACAGUACAGUAGUUUUGUUAACUUGUUGAGUUGUUGUUGUUGCUGUUGUUGUGAAUUUACUACUAGUUGAGAUAUGAUUGAAUGAAUGAAUUCGAAUUGACAGUUUGGAGUUGACACCUAAAUCAUCCUAAACUAAUUAAUUAUGGAACGAAAUGACCAAAAAUAUAAUAUUGUUAUGUGACAUAAAUGGAUAUUAAACAUGAAAUAUUCUGUUUUAAAUGCCCAGAUAUUGAAAUAAGGAUGAUACGCUUCAAUUUAAAAUAUAAAAAAUGAAAGAGGAAAUGGAUUUGAAGAGGAAAAGAAACUUCAAUUUGUUGCAAGAAAGAUAAUUUAGAUAAUCUUUUAUAGUACUUUAAACCACAGCUAAAAUGAUUUUAAGUUUCUAUUAUACUAUAAACUACUAUUGAAAGUAAGUAAUUCACUAUGUAAAACUUGACUUAAAUCUGUACAACCGUUAUGUGUAUAAUGUGAUAUUAUUUGAUAAACAAUAUUUUAAAAAAGCAUGGGCUUACCGAUAUAUAAUACGAUGGAACAUAAAAGACAAGCAAAUUAAGAAAAAUAGUUAAGGUUGGCUAUUGGUAUUAAAUACACAUACAGUAACAAAACUUAAUUAAAGACAUUUUAAAGUUAAAUAAUACAAUACAUAACUUUUUUAAACAUUCAAAAAAUUUUCCAACAAGACACUUAUUUAAAUAGACAUAAGAGCCAACUGACUAAUUCUAAUUAGUUACUAGAUUGUCUGAUGAGUUAUAAGAAAAUUUUAAAAAAUAAUGUCUAAGAUCACAGAAAAGUUUCCCCUUAAGUGUCCAAUAUGUAAAAAAACUAUUUUAACUAAUUGGGAAAUGAAGAAUCAUAUAUAUGUGCAUACAGGUGAACGUCCAUUUCAAUGCUUGACGUGUGAGGAAACAUUUAUUGAAUUACAUAAGGUAAAGUGUCAUUUGUUGACACAUUCUGUCAAGUUUCCUUUUAAGUGCACUACAUGUGGAAAAUGCUUCACAACCAUUAGCAAAAUGAAGAGACAUACAUUAAUUCACACCGGGGGAUAACCUCAUAUUUGUCAUAUAUGUGGAAAAUCGUUCACACGCAAAUAUCAUAUGAAACAUCAUAUAUUGGUUCACACUGAAGAACGACCUCAUAAGUGCACUAUAUGUGGAAAAUCGUUCACAAGAAAAUGUCAAAUGAAACGUCAUAUAUUGGUUCACACCGAAGAGCGACCUCAUAAGUGCAAAAUUUGUGGAAAAUCCUUCACGACCAUUGGCAAUUUGAAGAUACAUACAUUAACUCACACUGGAGAGCGACCUCAUAAGUGUACUAUUUGUGGAAAAUCCUUCACAACCAUUGGCAAUUUGAAGAUACAUAGAUUAACUCACACUGGAGAACGACCUCAUAAGUGCACUAUAUGUGGAAAAUCCUUUAACCAACUCAGCCAUAUGAAGAAACAUACAACGCUUCAUACGGAAGAGCGACCUUAUGAGUGCACUACAUGUGGAAAAUCCUUCAACCAACUCAGCUAUUUAAAGAAACAUAACCGAAUUCAUACUAAAGAGCAUACUGAAGAGCGACCUCACUUGUGUCCUAUAUGUGGAAAAUCCUUCAAAUCCAAUAACGGAAUGACACUACAUGCAUUGGUCCAUACUGAAGAGAGACCUAAUUUGUGUCCUAUUUGUGGAAAAUCCUUCACAACCAUUGGCAAUUUGAAGAUACAUACAUUAACUCACACUGGAGAGCGACCUCAUAAGUGUACUACAUGUGGAAAAUCCUUCAAAACCAUUAGCCAAUUGAAGUUACAUACAUUAACUCACACUGGAGAGCGACCUCAUGAGUGCACUAUAUGUGGAAAAUCCUUCACAACCAUUGGCAAAAUGAAGAUACAUACAUUAAUUCACACUGGAGAGCGACCUCAUAAGUGCACAACAUGUGGAAAAUCCUUUAACCAACUCAGCAAUAUGAAAAAACAUACAACGAUUCAUACUGAAGAGCGACCUCAUAAGUGCACAACAUGUGGAAAAUCCUUUAACCAACUCAGCAAUAUGAAAAAACAUACAACGCUUCAUACUGGAGAGCGACCUCAUAAGUGCACUAUAUGUGGAAAAUCCUUCUUAACCAACCACAAAAUGAAGACACAUACAUUAAUUCAUACUGGAGAGCGACCUCAUAAGUGCACUACAUGUGGGAAAUCCUUCAACCAACUCAGGUAUUUAAAGAAACAUAACCGAAUUCAUACUAAAGAGCAUACUGAAGAGCGACCUCACUUGUGUCCUAUAUGUGGAAAAUCCUUCAAAUCCAAUGGCGGAAUGAAACAACAUGCAUUGGUCCAUACUGAAGAGAGACCUAAUUUGUGUCCUAUAUGUGGAAAAUCCUUUAAAACCAAUACUGCUUUGAAGAUUCAUACAUUGGUUCACACCGGAGAGCGACCUCAUAAGUGCACUACAUGUGGAAAAUCCUUUAAUCAACUCUGCUGUAUGAAAGAGCAUACAGUGGUUCAUACUGAGGAACGACCUCAUUUGUGUCCUUUAUGCGGAAAAUCCUUCAAAUGCAACAGCCAUUUAAAAAAACAUACAUUGGUCCACACGGGAAAGUGACCUCAUAAGUGCACUACAAGUGGAAAAUCCUUUAAGAAACUCAGCCAUAUAAAGAAACACACAACGGUUUAUACCUCAUAAGUGCUCUAUAUGUGCAAAAUCCUUUAGGACCAAAAACAGUAUGAAGAAACAUACAACGCUUCAUACUGAAGAGCGACCUUACGAGUGCACUACGUGUGGAAAAUACUUGAAAUACAAAGACACAUUGAAGAUUUAUAUAUUGGUACACACCAGAGAGCGAUCUCAUAAGUGCACAUGUGGAAAUUGAACUACAGGUUCAUGAAGAUUGUUGUGAAAGCCUGAUGUACAUUUUGCCCAUGUUUAGCAUCAUUAGGAGCAGAGGUUGUUUUUAUAUCUUUUUAAACACUAUUACUUUUCAUAUAUUAUUAGUUGGUUAAUGAUUUAUGUAGCCAGCGCAGGAAUCCGAGCUUGCGUGUUGGGACCGAAAACGUUACAUAUCUUCUUUUAAUGUUUAACCCUCCAUUGGUGAUACCAGAGUUUUCCUCCGGGCGCAUUUGUUUUAAUAGAAAAAUAUGUAAUAUCGCCAGCCGGCAGCUUUAGAACUAACAGUACCUCACAUACAUCCUUCUACAAUUAUAUUGAUUGUACAUGGUUUAUGGUCGUUUUAGUAUUAUAAUAUGUGACAAAAAUACUUUUUCUAAUAUUUCAACACUCUGGAAAAAAACUCUGUGUGUCACCGAUUGAGUUGUUUUUGUUUACUCUAUAUUUUAUAAAUAUGUAAAGUAAGAGAUUUU